AUGGCGGCAAUGUUUAGCAAUAUUCGUUCCGGCGGUUCUGGAUCCGGAAACAUUGUUGAGUUCAAAGCUGGAAAAUCAACCCUUGAACCCGGCAGUGCUGAAAACAUGAAAAAAGUGGUUGCCAAUCCAAAAAAGGGGCUUGUAUAUGUCAAACAAAGCAAUGAUAUGCUUGUCCAUUUCUGCUGGAAGGAUCGAGAGACCGGAGAAGUGUCGGAUGAUCUUAUUAUUUUCCCUGGCGACACCGAGUUCAAACAAGUCAAUGGUUGCCCAGAUGGCAAAGUUUACAUGCUCAAGUUCAAGUCUUCGAAAGAAAUGAGACUUUACUGGCUCCAAGACGGAAAUCCUGAUGCCGAUAAGGACCUCGUCAAGAAAGUUAACGAUGCCUUGAACAAACCUCCGUCAUCGAGACCAGUGGGUCGUGGAACUUCUUCCGAUCGCUUGCAAGCAGGAGGAGGAUUUCCAGCAAGUUUGGGAGAAGAUUUUGGAGGACCGUUGGGAGGAUUGGAUCAAAGUCAACUCAUUUCUUUGAUUCAAUCUCUUCAAGGAAACAAUUCGAAUGAAUCGCUUCAAGCCUCUGGUACAUUGAAUGCCGGUUCUGAAACCGACGUGGACGCUUCUAUGGGAACUGUAACCAAUCAGCUUCCAAUCAAUGCUCCUCCGGUGUUCACGAAUGCUCUUGGACCAUCAACACAAGGAAACUCGAUAACCCCGAAUGAUUUGACAAAUAUGCUUAAAAAUUUGAAAUCCACCACACAAGGGCCAACCAGAGUCAACGUAUCACUUUCUGAGCAGCUUUCAACUCAGCCUGUCGUCGACACAGCUCAAGCGAACCGCGAGAGGCUCACUCCACAUUUACCAGAAACGGAAAAUGCACCGGAGAAAGAGCUGACUGAAACCAUUCGUGCUGUUCCGUUCAAGCAAGCCGUUGACACACUCGGGCAUGCUCUUCAAACCGGACAACUUGGACCAGUUCUUUCACAAUUUGGCCUUAAUGAGCAAACAAUAAAUUCCGCAGCUCAAGGCGAUCUUCGAGGUUUUGCCAAAAACUUGACUAUUGCUGAAGGCGGACCACUUCCACUAGGAGAAGAUACUGACGAUAGCACUAAAGAGCCAGAAGCUAAACGAAACCGCCCUGAUAUGGAAGACAUGGACAUGGAUUAA